GGCAGGGUUAGACUUUGUUGGCAGGAGUGACCAGAAUAAAAACAGCAACACCAGACACAGGAGAGAGAGAGAAAAAAAAAAGCGCAAUGAUCCAUCGAAACGCAGGCUUUGCCCUUUCUUAAUUACGUUGCAUCCAGUGUCUUUGCAUUCCCCCCCCACGCCUCCCUUCCUUUUUUUCCCCCCUUUUCCGAGACAUUUGUGAAGUGGUAAUUAGCUCUAGGAGAAUAAAACCAGCUGAUUUGGACGGUGCUGGUGCAUUUUGGGGCGAGAUGGCUAACAGGAUGGUCGUGCUGCUGCUCCUCGGCUCGCUGCUUCUCUCCCUGCUGCAGCCUUCCCUACAGGGAGGGGUUUAUGUGCCUGCUGGUACAGGAGUUGGAGGUGGAGGUGGAGGUGUGCAGCCUGGUACUGGUGUUUUCCCAGGAGGUGCUGGGGUCCCUUACAAACCGGCAAAAGCUGGAGCAGGUGGAUACGGAGCUGGUGCAGGAGCCCUUGGCGCUGGUGGACUUGGUGCUGGUGGACUUGGUGCUGGUGGAUACGGCGCUGGUGGACUUGGUGCUGGUGGAUACGGCGCUGGUGGACUUGGUGCUGGUGGAUACGGCGCUGGUGGACUUGGUGCUGGUGGAUACGGUGCUGGAUUAGGGGCAGGAGGUCUUGGUGCAGGAGCCGGAGGAAAGCCGCCUAAACCAGGUUAUGGAAACUUAGGAGCAGGUGGCCUGGGUGCUGGAGGAUACAGACCUGGAGCUGGUUAUGGUCGAUAUGGUGGUGGACUUGUUCCUGGAGCAGGAGCUGGAGGACUGAAACCUGGGAAAACAGGUGCCGGAGGCUUCAAGCCUGGAAAAGGAGUGCCAGGUUCUGGAGGGACGGUACUAGGUCCUGGUGCAGGGGGCACUGUACCUGGCAGUGGGCCUGCACUCCCUGGAGCUCCAGUCAUUCCUCAGAUCGGUCUCCCAGCUGUGGGUCCUGGUGGGAAACCUGCAAAACCAGGAAAGGCACCAGUGCCAGGAGUAGGAGUGCCUGGAGCCUUGCCUGGUCAAGGGUUUAAUGGCCUAGGUGUUCUUCCAGGUGUAGCAACAGGAACAGGACUUAAACCAAAGCCAGGUGCUGGUGGAGUUCCAGGACUGCUACAACCAGGCGUCUUUCAUGGAUACCCUCUCAAAUCUCCAAAAAACCCAGGUGGAUCCCCUUAUGCUGGUGGCAAAGUUCCAUAUGGUUAUGGUGGCUUUGGUACAGGGUCAGGAUUACCUGGUGGCAAAGGAGGAGCUGGCACAAAGCCAGGCUACCCCACUGGCACUGGUGUGGGGAACUUGGGGGUCUCAGCUGCACAGGCCAAAGCUGCUAAGUACGGCCUUGGAGCCGGGUUAGGAGGGGCUGGAGGUCUUCCUGGAGCUGGCUUAGGAGGGGCUGGAGGUCUUCCUGGAGCUGGCUUAGGAGGGGCUGGAGGUCUUCCUGGAGCUGGCUUAGGAGGGGCUGGAGGUGUACCAGGAGCUGGUGGGUUUUACCCAGGUGUUGGAGGUGUAGGUGGUCUUUCACCAGCUCAAGCCAAGGCUGCUAAAUAUGGUGCUGGUGCUGGAUUAGGUGGAGCUGGAACUGGUGCUGGUUUUGGUGGAGCUGGGAUUGGUGCUGGUUUAGGUGGAGUGGGAACUGGAGCAGUUUACCCUGGAACAGGAGUAGGUGCAGGAGGACUCACGCCUGCUCAGGCUAAAGCAGCUAAAUAUGGUGCUGGACCGGGGUUAUUUUUGGGUGGUGCAGGUGGAGUCCCAGGUGGAGUCCCAGGUAGAGUCCCGGGAGCUGGUGUUUACCCUGGUGUAGGAGGUACAGGAGGAGGCUUUGUACCCGGAACUGGAGGAUUCUUUCCUGGAGCAGGAGGUCUUACAGCUGCGCAGGCCAAAGCAGCUAAAUAUGGAGCUGGUUUAGGUGGAGCUGGAACUGGCUUGGGUGGUAGUGGUGGUGUACCAGGGGCUGGAGGAGUUUUCCCUGGAGCAGGAGGUCUCACACCCGCUCAGGCCAAAGCUGCUAAAUACGGAGCUGCUGCUGCUGGUGGAGCUGGUGUUGGAGGUGGAGUUGGAGCUGGAGGUCUACCAUUACCUAUUUAUCCCGGAACAGGAGUUCUCUCACCUGCUCAAGCCAAAGCAGCAGCUAAAUACGGUGCCGGUGGGACUAGUAUUGGUGGUUUCGGAGGAGGAGCAGGUUUAGGAGGCCAAGGAGCGGGAUACGCUGCUGCAAAAGCUGCAAAAUAUGGUGUUCCAGGUGGUGUACCAGGUGGGGUUCCAGGUGGUGUACCGGGUGGUGUACCAGGUGGGGUUCCAGGUGGUGUACCGGGUGGUGUUCCAGGUGGUGUACCAGGAGGAUAUCCUGCUGGUGUUAAACCACCCAAAUAUGGUUCAGGUGUUCUUGGUUAUGGUCCUGGUGGAGUGCCGAUACCUGGAGGAGGAGCUGGUACUGUGCAAGGAGUCGUUGGAGGCACAGGAGGAAUCCCAGGAACAGCCACAGGAGCUGGAGUAUAUCCUGGUGGAGUUAAGCCUCCAAAAUAUGGAGUUGCAGGAGGAACAGGAACCGUACCAGGAGCAGGCGGAUUACCGUUACCUGGAACAGGGACUGGAUUUGGAACCGGAGUAUAUCCUGGUGGAGUUAAGCCUCCUAAAUAUGGUCCAGGAACUGUAAUAGGAACAGGAGUGGCACCAUUGCCUGGAGUUGGGACUGGAGGAUUACCAUUACCUGGAACUGGAGGAUAUCCCGGUGGAGUCAAACCUCCUAAACCUGGCGUACCGAAUACUGGCAUUACUGGAACAGAUGUUGCGGGACCUGGAGUGGGUGUUUUGCCGGAUGGAGCUGGACUAGUUGUUCCAGGUGGCACUGGAUUACCAGUAAAACCAGCAAAGGGCCCAACUCUGCCCCCUGGUGGAACUGUUGGUCCAGGACCGACGGCUAGCGUUGAAACUGGCAAGCCUCCUAAGCCCAGCACAGGAGAAAUACCUCAAGGUGGUGUAGGUAUAAAGACCCCCACUGGCACUGGAGUGCAGCCUGGUGGUGCAAUUCCUAAACCUCCAAAGACCGCUGGCGCAGGUCCAAUACCGUAUGGUGGAUAUGGUCCUUAUCGUGGUGUCGCUCAAGGAGGAUUCGGAGUUCUCCCAGGAGCCAGACCAAUUACAGCGCCAGGUGUUAAUUAUCCUUCUGGUGUUGGCCUUGGACCAAGUGGAGCUGGUGGGAAACCAUUCAAACCAGGCUACGGCUCAUUGGGCACCGGAUAUCAGCAAGGCGCAGUCGCUCCAGGACCUUAUGGAGGAUAUCCACAGGCUUAUCCAGGAGGAUAUGGGGCCGGGUUGUCACCUCAACAAGCUAAAGCUGCCAAAUAUGGACAACUUCAAGGAUUCCUGGGUGGAGGCUACAGAGGCGGCGCAGGGUGCCAAGGCAAAUACUGCGGCAGGAGGAGAAAAUAAAACAUUCUCUUGGGACGUGAAAUGACCUCAAGAAACAAUGGUGCUACUGCAUGAUCCAGAAUGUACAUUUGAUAUGCAAAAAAACAAUCCUAUCAUGUACAAAAUUUGUUUUAUACCUACAGGAUAUGUUUUUUUUUUUCUCGAGAGAAGCUGAGGAAAAAAGGAUGAACAUUCCAGCUGUUCAUGUGGCACAUUCCAACAUGUUGCUGAUGUCUCUUUAUGUAGAUAUGGACACCAAGUCUACAAACCAAUACCCAGUUUCAGGUUCAUUAUUUGUCAUUUGUAGACAUUAAGGCAGUUAUUUCUUUUUUUCUCUUAAGAUUUCGAAAGAUAAAAUCCAUGAUAUUUCCCUUAAUGGUGCCAGCAAUGGUUGAAAGCAGAUUGUUUAACAGGGUCGGUUUAUCAUUUUUGCAUUAGAUACCUAAAGUCUAUUACAAACAGGAGUUUGUUCGUAUUUAUAAGUGAUGGAAUUUUGUGCCUAAAUAAUAAAAAAAUGGUCGUGCUGCAUUUUUAUGCCGCAUGUGCUACAACCAAACGUUCAAACAAAACGUCAGUGGUAUUUUUUGUAAACCUUUCCAAAACUAUAUCGGAUAUUUGUCUCUAUCGGCUUUUGGGUUGGGAGUUUAUUUCAAUCAUAAUUCCAACGAAUGGUCAUGAAGUAACCUACAGAAUGUGACUGCGGGGGAACGUACAGUACGCUGGUAUUUCAUCUACACUGUUUAGAGUUAAUCCUGCUCUAAAAACAGGUCUAAAUCCUGAAUCAAUUCUGGAUAUAAAACCAUCAGCGGUUGAAUCACGGUGGAGACGAUCGAGGCUGUAUUGUGGAUAUUUUAUCUCAUCUAUGAAACAGUCCUGCAAAAGACCUAAUGCUAUCUGAAAAGUGUUGAAAAGCCUCGUCUGGUAUCCGAUAAGAUCCGUCGUUUCGUCUUAUUGCUCAUCGUGUUAUAUACGAGGUGCCGACCUGCUAAGAUUCUGUUUGCUAAGGAUGCAAGCGUGAAAGUUGAAGAAUUUACAAAAAGAGAAAUAAUCGUGCCGUUUUUACACUCGACUAAUUUUGAACCUGAAAUGACAUUUUAAACAUUCCUUAAACAUGCAGGAAUUGGUGCUUCAUGACAUGAUCUACAGUACAGACGUUUAUCCCCUUUAUAUUCAAAGAAUGUGCUCUUAUAUAUCAUAUACAUACAGUAUGAAGGCUCAUGUAACUGCAGGUUAAUUUGCUUUGUUGUUGUUUCAUUUGCACCAUGUGAACUUGACCUUGACCUUGACAUUAUUACCGAGUUUGUACACAUGAUACCAAAAUAUUGUUUUCUGUUUUGUUUUGCUUUCAGUAGCUUAUGCAUUUUAGUCACUGUGGAAAUCUGUAAUACUGUAUAAGAUUGUUUUUAAAGAUGUGAGCUGCGUGUCUGCGAGUUAAAGCGUGUGUGUUUGUGUAAUUGUGUGUGCGUGUGUGUGUGUGUGUGUGUGUGUGAGUCUGUUGUAUGUGUGUCUGUGAUAAUCCCUGGUGUCUGUAUUUUGUUUUAAUUGACUAAGCUUCUCUUAAUAAGCGUCACUAGCCAGUGUAUUACCCAUCUAAUAUUAAAUUAGUUCUUCUUAUUGAUUAAUAUUUCAUGUCAUUGGGAACAUGUACUGUUUCAAGUUCAUCCGAAAUGUGUUUUUCUAACCUGGUGCUGUAUUUGACCUGUCUGGGGUCAUAUAUGUCUAAUGUGCCGUGGCGUUUGCGUCUAAUUGAAAAAAAAAAGAGAUGGGGCUAUUGCACUUUUUCCCACGGCGCACAUAUGACUCGUUCCAGGAAAUCUGGGCCUUUUUACUGCUUUAGUGAAAAUGAAAUAAAACCGUUCUGAAACGAAAAAAAAA